UUGAUCAGUCAAACUGAGAACUAUUUUUAGAAUAUUAAAAUUAUAAAUGUAAAUUGAUAGUAGUUUUAUAACAAUGUCCCAAAUUCCUCGUAGACCUGGAGGCAUUCCUAUUCCUCGCAUAGUAACUGCUUCGGCUACUGUGACUAAAAAAGAUCCAGCUUCCAAUAAAACCGUUACAGAACAGAGAAAUAGAAUAGCUGCAAUAAAAUCAUGUUGUGGAGGAGCAGAAGGAGGGGCAGCAGGUCAAAGCCAAAUUCAGCACAGAUUAAGUCGUAUGCCACCUCCCUGUUGUACUAGUCAAAGCAAAAUAGCCAAACCUUGCGAUGGAUCGACACCAAGAGCUACUCCGAUUAAACCUAGUGGAAUUCCAAGAAGUGCUCCAUCUUCAUCUCGUAGAACUGACUCAAAGUCUGUAGAACCUUCACAACAACAAGUACCACCUAGAAGUGAUCAAACAAUGACACCACCGAGGCCUGUACCUUCAUUUCAAGAAACAGUUCCUAAGCUUUUAAGAUCCAAACAAAUUGCAAGAAAAAGUCCUUUCCCACCAAGACCUUAUGGUAUAAUGGGCACCUCUCCAGCCACCACUUAUACACCUACGCAAACAACAUCGAAACCUUCAAAAAUGGAGGAUACGAUACGAGAAGGUUUGUUCAGAAAGUCUAUUCUCAAACCAUUAUCGAAAGUAUCAGCUAAAGGAAAACAAAGUGUAAAAGCCCCACCAGAAACUAUAGAAACACCAGCUGGAGUUGAACCUGUAUUACAGAAAGCUGUCUUCGAGAAACGAAUAGAACGAGAAAAACAAGGUGAAACUUUUACAAAGAACGUAACAAUUAGUAACCUAAACGAACGAAAUGAAAUGGAUGUUGUCGAAAUGGGGGUGCAACAGAUGGAUCCAAAGUUUGCUAAAAUGGAUGGAAAGGAAAUUAUUGGAGUCACCAGUACUAUUUCAGUAACUCCUUCAUACACAACUGUUGCCAAAGAUUAUAUACGGGCCUUAACUGAGGAAAAGGGCGACUUAGGUCUAACUCCUGAAGAAGUCUCUAGAUUAGUAGAGGAAGAAACGGAGGACGUGGAAAACACAUUAAAGAUGAUACCUCCAGAUCUUGUAUUGUCACCUGGAAGGUAUGAAAUUAAACAAAGAUUGCAGCAACUAAGAAUUAACUCGGAAUCGGUGGCGCUUUUAGAGCAAUCAAUCAUUCAGCCUGAGGUAACUGCUGAUGAAGCCCAAUAUGAACCUUCUCCAGAAGCUAUGGCUGGUGUUAUGCAUACUGUGGAAACAGGAAUUACCCCAGAAGCUACUCCAGAUCAAGUGUUUAAUUCAUUAUUCCAGGAACCACCGAACGAGAACUACAUUAAGCUGAGUUCAGUUACUCCUGGACCUUUGCAGGACGUAGUGGUGCCCACUGAAAUUCCAAAAGAGAUACACAAGGAAGCAGUGACCGAUGAAAUGUCUAAACUAACAGAAAAACUGAACAAUAUGCAGCCUCAAGAUGUGCCUUACGUAGAUAUUUUUACAAGAGUUAUGGGCGCAGAUCCAGAAUAUAAGUAUCCAGAAAAAGGAAAGAACAAACCAAGACAGUUUGAAACUAUUACAGAUGAAAGGAGUCUGUGGGUGAAUGCAAACCUUGAGCAUUUAGUGAAUGUUGUCGGAGCUGAACCUAUGGAUGUACUUGAUCCUUUUAAUCUAGAUGACCUGGAGAGAUCUGAGAAUCUAGUACAAGAGAUGGCAAAUGGCAUGGAUUAUUUUGUAGAAACUAAUCCUGUCCAGUAUAUCAAUAGAGUGCAGCUGAGGGGAUCACAACAACCUUCCUAUUUUCCCGGCUAUAACGUAGCUGUACCAGAUUUUCCAGAUUUAAUGAAAAUUGUGCAAAGUCCAGAUGAAGUUUUCGCUAUUGCGUGGAAGUCUGUCCAACCGAAGUAUUUUGAUGAGGAAUCGAUGAUGUCACUAUUGGUGUAACAUUUUUGUAAAUAUAUGUUUUAUUUCUU